CAAAGAAAAGAGAGAGGUGGCCACUCUCCAGUUUCUCUCUGGUAAAAUUUAGUGGUUGGUACUGAUAUAUGGUGCUCACGUGUGUAUGUACGUCUACGAACACAAAGUUUUAUCUUGCAGAUGCAAAGAUAAAUGAUAUAUAUCUAUCAUAAAUAUUAUUAUACAGGCCAAUAAUGUAACAAUAUUGAGAAUUAACAGCUUCUUCCUAUAUUAAGAAAAUAAUGGAAGAGAGAGCAAUUUUAUGGAUGCUCUCCCUUGUUAUGUUGAUUGGUUCUUGCUUGGCUGGAUCAUUACCAUUAAUCAUAAAUUUAUCAGAAGACAAAUUACAAUUGGUAUCGAUAUUAGGAGCUGGACUUCUUGUUGGUACUGCACUAGCUGUGAUCAUACCAGAGGGUAUAAGAGCAUUAUUUACUACUGGAAUUACUAGUGAAAAAGAGCAACAUAGUGAUCUACAUUCUUUAAUUGGAAUCAGCUUAGUACUGGGUUUUAUAUUUAUGCUUUUAAUUGAUCAAUGUUCAGCAAGAAAAAGUGGUGGAAGACAAAAAAGUGUUACAGCAACUUUAGGUCUUGUAGUACACGCAGCUGUUGAUGGAGUUGCAUUAGGAGCAGCAGCUACUACAUCUCAAGCUGAUGUUGAAGUGAUAGUGUUUUUGGCAAUAAUGUUGCAUAAAGCACCAGCUGCAUUUGGACUUGUGUCAUUUCUUCUUCAUGAAGGUGUAGAUAGAAAGAAGAUAUAUAGACAUUUAUUAAUUUUCUCCCUUGCAGCUCCAUGUCUUGCACUUGUGACAUAUUUUGGAAUUGGGAAAGAAGGAAAAGAAACACUUAGUAGUGUCAAUGCGACUGGUUUAGCAAUGUUGUUUAGUGCUGGAACAUUCCUUUAUGUAGCCACUGUACAUGUUUUGCCAGAAUUAAUGACAAGAAGCAAUAGCUAUUCACAUUUGCCAAGCAUCGAGGGUACAACACUAACUACAACUGGGCUUAAAGUUAAAGAAAUAUUAUUCUUAGUAAUAGGAUCGUUUUUACCCGCAUUGAUUACAACUGGACAUCAUCAUUGACUAAAAUAAGUAUUUUGUAAAAAGAACUUUUGCUAUGUCUGUAAUGUGUAUGAAAGUUAUUAUUCUAAUUUGAAAAAUUCCAUUUUUAAUAUAUACUCUAUAUAUAAUUAAUUAGUGCGAUUUUAAAAAAUGUUCAGAAAAUUAAUAUAUAAAAAAUCGUUUUUUCUUGCAUUAUAUGUGACAAAUUUUGUUUUUUCAAAGCUUUUUUGUCACUGUUUCCAUUGAAUAGUAUAUAUUAUUAUAAUAUACGAAAAACUAUUAUUCACAAUUAGUAAAUGCAUAUAUAGUUCAACAUAUAUGCAUCUUUUAUAUAUAAAUUUAAUGAAAAUUGACCAUGUAAUAGGGGUUUCUAGAGAUUUACAGUUUUUUUUUUU